AUGGAAGUCGUCAAUCAGCUUGUGGCGGUGGGACAGUUCCGCGUCUUCAAGGAGCCCCUGGGUUUUGUAAAGUUGCUAGAAUGGUUCUUUUCCAUUUUUGCAUUUGCGACGUGUGGCAGCUACUCUGGAAAAUUCCGCCUCAGCGUUGAUUGUCCCAAGAAAAAUGAGAGCAAACUCAAUAUAGAGGUGGAAUUCGCCUAUCCCUUCCGGCUCCACCAGGUGUAUUUUGAUGCUCCCACCUGUAAAGGAAGUGAACAAGACAAGGUUUUCUUGAUUGGAGACUAUUCUUCCUCUGCUGAAUUCUUUGUCACCAUUGCAGUCUUCGCCUUCCUCUAUUCUCUAGCUGUGAUUGUUGUCUACAUCUUCAUGCAGGAUAAAUACAGGGAGAACAACAAAGGCCCCAUGAUUGAUUUCGUUGUCACAGCCGUUUUCGUGUUCAUGUGGUUGGUGAGCUCUUGUGCUUGGGCCAAGGGGCUUUCAGAUGUCAAGGAGGCCACUGACCCUGAUAAUGUGAUAGAAGGCAUGACUGUGUGUAAGGAACCAGAGGUCAAAUGCAAGGAGGAAUAUGAACCCAUCACUUCUGGCCUCAACACCUCUGUGGUUUUUGGCUUCCUGAACUUGGUGCUUUGGAUUGGAAACCUAUGGUUCGUCUUUAAAGAGACUGGAUGGAGUGCCCCCUUCAUGAAGUACCCACCAGCCCAGGAGAAGCAGCCAGCACCUGAAACCUAUGGAGAUACCUACAACCAAGCUCCGGGAUAUGGACAACAGGACACAUACGGGCAACAGCAGAGUGGCUACCAGCCUGAAUACAGCCAACAAGGCUAUGUUCAGCAGGGAGAAUUCGGCCAGCAAGGUGGCUAUGUUCAAGGCGGGCCCACUUCCUUUGCAAACCAGAUGUAGGCGGGUGAGUCCUGGAAACAUGUGGGGAAAAGGAAUCGUGUAGUUGUUGCAUAUAUUGUGCCGAUCCCUCCAAUGUUAUACGUGAUAAGAUUUUU